CGGACUUCCGAAAUAUACCCGGCAUGCAUUCCGAUUCUUCGUGUGUAUGGAGAAUGAAGCGAAAUGGCUAACACCAUUGCUAAUAUACCGAAUUUUGAAUGUCCCUCGUGGGCAGGGAAGCCUCCCCCUGGUCUCCACCUGGACGUAGUGAAAGGAGAUAAACUCGUAGAGAAACUCAUAAUCGAUGAGAAGAAGUUUUACCUGUUCGGGAGGAACAUGGACAUGUGCGAUUUUACCAUUGACCACCAGUCAUGCUCCCGCGUGCACGCUGCCCUGGUGUACCACAAGCACCUCAAGAGGGUGUUCCUCAUCGACCUCAACAGCACACACGGUACAUUCCUGGGCCACAUUCGACUAGAGGCUGAUAAGCCCCAGCAGGUGCCUAUCGACUCCACCAUGUCGUUUGGGGCCUCCACACGUCUCUACACCAUCAGGGAGAAGCCCCAGACCCAGCCUGGGAAUGCUACAGGAGACAGCAAGGCCGGAGAGGACGAGGAACUCAAGGGCCUCCUGGGGCUACCGGAGGAGGAGACUGAGCUAGAGAAUCUGACUGAAUUCAACACAGCCCACAACAAGCGCAUCUCAACUCUGACCAUUGAGGAGGGCAACCUGGACAUCCAGCGGCCAAAGAGGAAGCGGAGAAACUCCCGAGUCACCUUUAAUGAGGACGACGAGGUCAUCAACCCAGAGGACAUAGACCCAUCGGUUGGACGCUUCAGGAACAUGGUGCAGACUGCAGUGGUUCCCAUGAAGAAGAAGAGGCUCGAGGGCUACCAGAACGCCCUGGGCCUGGAUGACUCGGUGCCGCGUUCUCACACCCACAGCCACGCCGGCCGUGGUGGGCUCUAUGCCGACCUGCCGCCCUCCCACCACGACGGGUACUCUGCCGUGGCCCCCGGAGCGACCAUCCUCGGAGGCCUGCCACUGCCCCUCCCCAACCCUGCGCCAGAGGUGGACCUGGCUCCCGAGCCACAGCGGCUGCCCGUCACCCUCAACCCCAUCCCAGUGACUGGCCUCUACCCCCCCGAGUCCCUCAACGAGCCCCGCAAGAAGAAGUACGCCAAGGAGGCGUGGCCUGGGAAGAAGCCCACUCCCUCGCUACUCAUUUAGCCAAUGGGGGGGGGGAGACCUGGGGUGGGGGUGAGGGGGUGGGGUGCUGUCUCAAGGUGGCGAUUUCAUACCAAUGGCACAAGAAGGGGUACUGAAGGACAAGGACGUAGCUGUGUAUGGACUGACUUUUUUUCUCACAUUUUUUUUACACAGAUCUAUUUAUACAGGGUUUGUUUGUUUGAAGGGGGGCAGGGGCAGAACUUGCAUUAACCAUUGAUUGCCACUGUUGAUAUGCAUUCAACCAGUUGUCAUCCAAUGCAAGGGCCUGCAUUCCAUGCUGUUAAGUGAUUGGUCCGUUUCCCCUUGACCUCCUUCCGUCCUGACGAGUCGGUGAUGAGGUCGCCACAUAAAAAAAUAGUUGGCGCUCUGUAACCCUGUUGUGUUGCAACCAUUUGUGUUCAUUUUAUUGAGGAUUUCUAACAUGUACUGUGAUGCACCCCCAAGCAUCGGUGCAGGUUAUCUGGCCCAGUCAGAGGAAAAGGCUCAUGGUUAUUCCUUUUUGAUGUGGAGCUCUACGAUGAGUUUUAUCUCUGCACUCGGGCUUCUGGGUAAGUCAGGGAUGAGCUCGCUGUGACUAGUGUGCUUGAGUCUCUUUAAGAUGAUAUUUACUCUUUGGUUUGUUUGUGUUGUUGUUUUAUUUUUGUUUUCUUUAACUGUUUUAUACUUUAUUCUCUCUCCACAUAAAAGGACGAAAUACACCAUCGGUUUUGUGUGUCCGAUGAUCUAGAACUCCUUCUCGGUUCUAUAGUGGAUAGUCUGACCGUGAAGGCAGCCAGUGGUCAGCAACCACACUGGCCAUACGCCAUCAACAAAAUGCAGCCGAAGACAGCAGUGAAACGUGUGAACCAGACACUCCCUAGACUUGAUAAACAUUUGUUUGCCAUUAACCUCAUCUAUUAGCUGGGCUAUCUGUUAUGGCCACAACUCUAAUGGUUACUGUAGCCCUCUGUACACAAUGCUUCAUUUGUGGAGACUGGUCUUCCGAGCAACAGGGAAUAUACACAUCCUGGCUAUUGACUCAUAGCUGAAAACGAAACCAAACAUGCACAAAGUCAGAGGACCAUCCUUACGAGUUAGUUGUGGUUUAUAUGUGUAGUCUUAUGUCUAGGAUAUGACCACUGCUUAAUUUAACCUUUCCUUGUAGGAGGCAUUCCGGGCUGGUUCAACCUAAAGUGCACUGAAUGAAGAUCUUGAUGUCAGUUUAACUUUGUUCUGGUCUUGUACAUGGAAACUAUAUCUGAUCUACACAUCAUCAUAAUGUCAGACAGUAUUUUCUCCCUGGCCGUGUAAAUCAAAACAUUGUUUUUGCUAAGGGCGGUGUCCAGUGUGUCUGAUACUACAGAGAGCAAAUAAAAACAUUUGUACUGUCUUUUUUUAACAGA